AGAGAGACAGGAGAAAAAGCCGUAUAGGAAGAGAAGCACAACCGUGGGUGCCGCCGCCGCAACGAUGAACGGUUCGCCACGCUCGCGACAACCGCGGAUAAGCCAUCGGACUAUGUCCUGAAUAGCGGUUUACAUAGCUGGGAUUGUGCACCGAUCAUACAGGGGUAAAAUAUGUCCGCCUCGGUGGGGCCCCGCGGCGGCCCUCGCCCACCCACAGCGCAGAGCUCCAUGCCCGAGCUACCGGACCUCAGUCACCUCACAGAGGAGGAGAGGAAAAUUAUCAUGGCUGUGAUGAUUCGGCAGAAGGAGGAAGAGGCAAAGGAUGAGGCCAUGCUCAAAGAGGAGAAACCCAUACAAGCAAAAACGGUGAACCUGGUCGGAAACAAGAAACCGCGUCAGCAGAACGACAUCAGUUUGCACCAGCAGUUUGCCAACUACAAGGAGCAGGUGAGGCGGAUUGGGCCGGAGCCCCCCCAACAGAGACAGCAGGGCCAACACAAGGAUGACGCCCCCACCUGUGGCAUCUGCCACAAGACCAAGUUUGCUGAUGGCUGCGGAAACCUGUGCUCCUACUGCCAGACUAAGUUCUGUGCCCGCUGCGGGGGAAGGGUCUCGCUGCGUUCCAAUAACAAAGAGGACAAAGUGGUAAUGUGGGUAUGUAACAAGUGCCGAAGGCAACAGGAUAUGCUCACUAAAUCAGGAGAGUGGUUCCCCAGCCAUGGGCCCAAGGCUGGAGAGCUUGGGUCAGCAGUGAGUGAACCGGCCAUGUGUGGAGAUCCCGUUGGGGAGAAGAAGGCGCGCUCUAGGUCUCAGAACCCUCUCGACUCCUCCAUUUCCACUGCCCAUGACACCCAGCCACACCCCCCGACCGACCCCAGAAAAGGCCCCUCCACAGGGUCAGCUGACACGCUGUCAUCGCGCUCACGCAGUGAGCCUCCACAAGAAAGAAAAAAGCCACCAGCAGCCUCUGAUCAGAAUGGCAAGCUAGGGCCAAGAGGUGAGAGGCGGCGAGGCCUAUCCAAAAUCCACUCUGAGGAACGAGAUACUGGAGAAAAUCGGAGAGAAAGUCGAAGACUGAUGAAAACUCGCUCUCAGGAGCACGACAGUCCUGAGACUAGGAGGACUGAGGCGGAGCAGAAACCACCCAGGGAACAGUGCAGGACUGACCCAAAUGCUUCACAUCAUCUGGCCAAACUCCGGCCGGCGGAGCCCGAUGGACGUAUGCAUCCUAAGCCGAGGGAGGCAGGGGAGAUGGUGCAGGACAACAGAGGUGCACGUAGAUGGGCAGAUGGGCGGCAGGCCUCGCUGGAGAGCCAGCAGCAGGCUUACGCCCCAGAGAGGACCGCGGGGGGUACAGGUUUGCAGAGUGCGCCUGUUGUGCAGGGUCCUCCUCCUAAAACGAACCACACCCCACAGCCACCAGCUCCGGGGUUCAGGGUGGGCCCUGCCAUGCCCGCAGGCCCACCUGAGCUCAGGGAGCCUCAGGAAUGGGACAGGAAGUUGCAGCCGAGCCACCUGGACCCCGGCUCGGCUGCGCUGUUGCGCAAAUCAAAACGACAAAAAGCUGAGAGCAUGCUGCGCAAUGAUUCUCUCAGCUCUGACCAAUCGGAAUCUCUACGACCGCCCCCACCCCGCCCCUACAAGGGCAAACGGGGAGGAAACAAGAGGCAGAUGUCUGUUAGCAGCUCAGAGGAAGAAGGCGGUUCGACACCGGAAUACACCAGUUGUGAAGAUGUGGAUAUUGAGAGCGUCAGUGAGAGAGGGGACUGGGAGCGCUGUCCACUGGACCCCACUGCGUGGCAUCAUCCAGUAACAUGGCAGCCCUCCAAGGAAGGUGAUCAUUUAAUUGGCCGAAUCACUUUGAGCAAGCGAACAGCCAUGCCAAAAGAGGCUGGGGCUCUGCUAGGGCUAAAGGUGGUCGGGGGGAAGAUUACAGAAACUGGGAGACUUGGGGCCUUCAUCACAAAAGUCAAGAAAGGUAGUUUAGCUGAUGUGGUGGGUCAUCUACGGGCCGGUGAUGAGGUGCUUCAGUGGAAUGGUAAAUCAUUACCUGGAUUAACCAAGAAAGAAGUUUACAAUAUCAUCUUGAAUUCCCAAACAGAACCACAAGUUGAGUUAGUAGUAUCAAGGCCAAUAGGUGAUAUACCACGAAUACCAGAAACAUCACACCCUCCAUUAGAAUCUAGUUUUUCUUGUCCCUCUGCAGCAGGUUCAAGUUCCUUCGAAUCACAGAAGAUGGAAAGACCCUCUAUAUCUGUCUUGUCCCCAUCCAGCCCAAGUGGUCUUAGAGAUGCCCCUCAGCUACUGCCUGGACAGCUGUCGGUGAAAAUGUGGUAUGAUAAGGUCGGCCAUCAGCUGAUAGUGAACGUAUUGCAGGCUAUAGACCUACCACCAAGAUCAGAUGGACGACCCAGAAACCCCUAUGUCAAAAUGUACUUCCUGCCCGAUAGAAGCGAUAAGAGCAAGAGAAGGACGAAGACAGUAAAGAAAAGUCUGGAGCCCAAGUGGAACCAGACAUUUGUGUACUCUCAUGUCCAUCGCCGGGAUUUCAGAGAACACAUGCUGGAGAUUACUGUGUGGGACCAACCCAAAAUACAAGAUGAGGAGAGUGACUUUCUGGGAGAAAUCCUAAUCGAGCUGGAGACUGCCCUGCUGGAUGACAAACCUCACUGGUACAAGCUGCAGACACAUGAUGUCUCUUCCAUCCCACUGCCGCACCCGUCGCCAUACCUGCCCCGCAGACACGGACACACAGAAACACCCACCAAAAAGCUGCAGCGCUCGCAGCGUAUUACAGAAACUGAUUAUGAUGAUGGUAUUGGUGUAGUCGCCACAGCUACAGAGAACCGGUCAAGAGAAAGAGAAAGAGAACGGGACAGAGACCGAGACCGAGACCGAGCAACUACAUUAGAGGUUCCACACCAGAUCAGGCCAACUCAGUAUCGCUCACGGUCCGUGUCCCCACACAGAGACGAAGAGAGCAGGGGACGGUCCCGCCCAGCCAACGUCCCUGCACAGAGGAGUCUGGAUGAGGUCCAGCACAGCCGGCGAUCCCGUUCCCCAACACGCUACCACGAUCGUGCCCGUGUGCAAGAGAGAGAUUACGUAGAUGACAGUGAGGUCAUCUUGAUACACAGAUCAAUGCGGGGUAGAAGCGCAGAGUGUCUGCACACCCAAAGUGUUGGCAGGAGUUCAUCUAAGUACAGUAGCACUCUGCCUCCCAAGAUGCCUUUAUUAGUUAAUGGAAUUCAUAAGGAUCUUUACAGUGAUCUACAGCCCUCUCUUGACAGGGUUAGAAGUGCUAGUACCAACUGUCUGAGACCAGGUUCUAAUUCCAAUUCACCUGAACGAGACAGGCAGUCGAGAACUCUGGACAAGCCUAGCUGUCAGAAACUUGGCAAGAAAAUAUCUGACAGCGAGCGAGUGCAGCCACACUCCAGCCCCACAUUUUCCUCAUCAACAGCGGCCCCUUCUUCGACACGCAAGGUCAGACAGCUUCCCCAAGUCCCCACCAAAAGCAGCAGUGUAGAGAAAGCUCUUGCUUCAGAGGAGCGAACACGGCAAAUGAAAGUACGUACCUUCCAAACGCCAGCUCCCUCCAGUACCAGCCACGAUCUGGAGAGGACGCUCAAGAAUAAAAGAGAGCUUUAUAAGGAGCAGCGACAGAGCUGUGACAAUGUGUCCCAUAAGUCCUCAGACAGUGAUGUCAGUGACGUGUCAGCCAUCUCUCGCGCCAGCAGUGCCUCGCGGAUCAGUAGCACCAGCUACAUGUCCAUUCAAUCAGAACGACCCAGGGGUCAAUUUAGCCGUCAUAUUCAUCCAUCCAGCCGCAGCAUGCUGAAGAGUACGAGCGUUAGUGGGGAAAUCUACACUCUGGAGCGUACGGAUGGCAGUCAGUCAGACACCGCUCUGGGAACACUGGGAGCAGGAGGGAAAAAGCGCAGAUCCAGCCUUAGCGCACGUGUAGUCGCCAUCGUGGGCAUUCCCUCCCGCCGCAGCAGGAGCACCUCUCAGCUCAGUCAGACAGAAGCAGCCAACAAGAAAGCAAAGGGAUCCAGUCAGAUCCAGCGCAGUCAGGAGACGGGAAUGGCAGUGGAGUAUCCCCGCAAUGUCAUGGCUCGCCAAGCCAGUCGAGAGUCCACUGACGGCAGCAUGAACAGUUACAGCUCUGAGGGCAAUCUGAUCUUCUCAGGGAUGAGGUUAGGGGCCGACAGCCAGUUCAGUGACUUCCUAGAUGGUCUUGGCCCUGCUCAGCUAGUGGGUAGACAAACACUUGCCACGCCUGCUAUGGGAGAUGUUCAGAUUGGACUAAUGGACAAGAAAGGGCAGCUGGAAGUGGAGGUUAUCAGGGCCCGUGGUCUUACAUCUAAACCAGGUUCCAAAUCGCUGCCGGCUCCCUAUGUCAAGGUCUAUUUGCUGGAAAACGGAGCGUGCAAAGCCAAAAAGAAAACUAAGAUUGCACGGAAAACGCUUGAUCCCUUGUAUCAGCAAUCGCUGCUGUUUGAGGAAAGUCCGCAGGGUAAAGUUCUCCAGGUAAUAGUCUGGGGAGAUUAUGGCCGCAUGGACCAUAAAUGUUUCAUGGGAGUCGCCCAGAUUCUUUUAGAGGAGCUGGAUCUUUCUAGCACAGUGAUCGGUUGGUACAGACUGUUUCCCCCUUCAUCAUUGGUCGACCCAACGUUAGCUCCUCUCACUCGUCGCGCUUCCCAGACCUCGCUGGACUCUUCAGGGCCGCCAGGCAUCAGGUCCUAGUGAAUGGACAGGAAACACACGACCCAGUGGACCAGUGACCCGAGGCAACAAUCAGAACUAGAUCGGCAGAUAAAGAGACAGAUGGACAGAAUCAUGAUCAAAGCUUUGCUGAAGCCUGACAAUCACUUCUCUUUUUUACUUUUGAUCUUUGGGUUGUAGAGAUUUCCUUUGAUCCACUCUGCUCCUUUACUGCAUGUUUUGUGGCUGAGAUGACGAUUCGGCCCAAAUAAAAAAAGAGAAGGAAGGGAGAGGCAGCCGAAACACGAUCCCGCUUUGUCUGACAGGAAGCGGAGCCUACAGUGGCGCCGGUAGCCUAGAUUGCUCUGGUCAGUCAGCGCAUUUAUUUUCUCACGUGUUGGUGAGAGUGAGAGGACAGCACUGCCCCUCCUCUAUAUUGCACUUUCAGGAAGCCCCUCUGCUGACAGACCAGAGGUCGAAGGUUAAAGGUCAAGAUUUAGUCUUCUCAGAGAGUUUCCUCUCUGCAUCACGGAUACUGCAUCCUAGGCCCCGCCGUGUGCAGGUCUGGCAAGAACUCAAACUCAGAUUGUUUGACUGUGGCGUGUGUGUGUGUGUGCGAGAGUGUGCGUUUGCGUCUAAGAAGGCAGGGAGACGCUUGAGAAUCUUUUAAGUCUGUUUACAGCAGUCUCCACUGACUGCUUUGCCUUUUCACGUUAAUGUUGAUUUGGUAAAUAGGCACAUUUUGAAGAAUGUGAAAACAUGCUUCAUGUUUUCGGACAUUUGUGUCAUACGAGUUUCAUGGAAGACACAAAACCAUUUCUAUUCGAUUCACCGGGUCUGUAAGAAGCUGCCACUACUAUUUAACAGGAAACAUUAGCUCACUAACACGUUCGAUUUCCAGGUUUCACGCGAUCACAAAUCAUAUCUUACAGGCAUUUCCAAGCACUUUUAAUUCUAUUCCGUUUGGUAAAGGACCUGUACAUACCGAUAUUAGAAUUUCUACCCGACUAGAGUUUACAUUAUUUUAAUGCAAGCACAAAUGCUUGAUUUUUGAACAAAAAAAGAGAAAAAGUUCAAGCUUUUGGGGAUUAAAAGUAAUACAAAAAAGAGGCCGAAAUCGGAAGCUUCCUAUUUUUAGUAGUUUGUCAUCAGUUUAGUUGAUUAUAAAACCAAUCUCACAGAUCCCCCCCCCGAGGAUCACAUUUUGAAUGUGACAGUGAGACGUUCCAACAAGGGGAACAGACGCCACCAACGAGGGGAACAGCAUGAAUCUGGAACUGUUCCAAGUUGCAUGCACAUUUUGUAAAACAAGACAGAUGAGAAAAAAAAGAGGCUACAAUAAGUGUGUGUUAGUUCCACAAACUGUAGGCCAGCUUGUAUGUUGCAUGUACUUGUACAGUUUGCUUGUACUUGAUAUAAAUAGAUUAUCAAAUAAAACGAAGCCAUUCAUUCCAUGUGUGGGCAUUUGACCGGGUUCAGCCAUACACACAGGCCUUAUUUUGGGGCUGAAUGUCUAUAAGAAUUUUUGAAUUGUUUGAUUUCCUUUUCUUUUUCUUUUUUUUUUAACCCUGAAUGGAUAAAUAAGUGCUGUACUGUAGUACUGAGCAAACACAAGGCCCUAUUUUAUUGAAGAUGUUGGUGUUCACUGUAGUCUGUACUACUGUGGGGCUAAAACUAAGGUAGAUAAUCUGUAUAAAAACUAGAGCUAUAUGUAUAUGGAAUAUAAUUAUGAAAAUCACAAUGACUUAGAGAUAUAUCGAUAUUGAAACAGAGUGUAUCAAGUAAACAUCACUUACGUACAUGCAUAUAUUGUAAAUAUGAGUCUGCAAAGAAGUUUACUUAUAUUUACAAAGCGGCCCCAUUCAAGUUAAUGGAUCAGUGCUCUGUCUCUUGGUUCUGCUGAGCGGAAGAAGGGAUGCCUCCAAAGUUUUAUUUUAGUGAUGCCCAAUCUGACAAGAGAAAUUUGGACCUCUAUUGAUUUGUUGCAUUAGAAAAAAUGCUCACGAAUCCUCGUUUCAAUGAGAAGUUUACUUUAUAUGUCUGGUUACGGCAGACUUAUUUACUUUGUCAGUAUUAUUCAAGGAUACUGAUUGUUUACAGUUCGUGUGUUCCACUGAAACAAAAUUGAAAGUAUUCACUGCAACAUUUCUUGUUUGUACAGCAGACGUGGCUCAAAUAAUGUGUAUGUUUUAUAUUCAAGAGUUCAUUUUUAUUAUUUACAAAUAAAAGAGUGUGUGGAAGAAAA